AUGUCGUCAAUGAUACCGGUUAGUGUUGAAAUCGAAGGCAAUGAAACUGAAGUAGUCAAAAUUCAUUCUACGGCUGAUAUUACUGCUGUUAAAGAACAGUUACUUGGAAAAGAUCAUUUGAAUUAUCAAGUUUAUUAUAAUGAUCAAAUAUUAAAUUCACAUGAAACUGUUCCAGCAGAUACAUCAUACAGAGAUCCAUUACUGAUUCGACGAACUUCCAUUGAUUUACCCAUGCCUGUAGCUAAACCAGAUUUGGUUUCAUCUCUUAUCGAAGAAUCAAAUGUAAUAACACAAAAUCCUAUUUUUACUGGUGGUUGCCAAUGUGGAAAAAUACGUUAUGCUCUCUACUCCACACCGGAGAGAAUUACCGUAUGUCACUGUCGUAUGUGUCAAAAAGCGGUUGGUGGUCCAUUUAUUGCUGUUGCUAUUAUAUCUACAAAACAUUUUGCCUGGACACGAGGAAAUCCUUCAACAUUCGCCAGUUCAUCUGUUGCUACUCGAGGUUUUUGUUCUAAUUGUGGUACACCUUUAUCUUAUCAGAUUCGUCAAAAACUUAGUAUUGAAAUAACCAUUGGUAGUUUUGAUCGUGCACCAGAACUGAUACCACAAGAACAAAUUGGUAUUGAAAGUUGUCUAAAAUGGGCUCUAUUAAAUAAAUUACCACCGAAAUCAAGCGAUGCUAAUGAAAUACCACCGUCAAAGAUCAUUAGCUAUCAACAUCCCGAUCAUGAAACAUCGGAAGCUGAAUGGUUAACAUUUAAUACAAAGCAAAAAGACGAGAUUCAAGAAUUAAUUACACUGUGA